AAAAUUCCGUGCGGUCACAGCGACUGGUGUCUCACAGGGAAUAGGAAAAUAUUGAAUAUCCUCAAUAAAAUUAUACCAGAAUGUUCCAGAAAGUCUUGAUCCUCUCCAUCAGAACUAUGAUGGUUCUCAUCAGCCUCACCCAGUCUUCGGGCGAGGCCUUAAUCACACCCGAUUACACCCAAACGACAUCACACGAAGCCUUAGUUACACCUAAUCACACCCAAAGGACGACACACGAAGCCUUGGUUACACCGACUCGCACCCAAAUUAAGGCAGGAGAAGACUCAGUCACAUCUAGUCACACCCAAAUGAAGACAGGCAAAGUCAUCUCACCUAGCCACACCCAAUCGAUGACCGUCGAGACUUUACUCUUCAUCUCAAAUCUAGUGCUCUCUCCCUACCUGUCCACGGAUCCCAAUGAAGCUGGCAACAUUUAUGGACCUUAUGACGUCUGCCCAGCAGAGAAACCUGUCAAACGUGCGAUUAAGAACACAAAUAAAUAUAUUUGCACGAGAAAGUAGCGUAGCUGUAAAUAAAGGGUGUUAUUUUCUAAUAUACAGGUUGAAAUAAAAAGGACGUUCAAACUUUGCUUAGUGACUUUUGAGGUCAUAAU